CUUCACUGUAGUAGGAUUUGUAAAUGCGUUCGGCGAACUGUGGGGUGCUGUACUGCCGUUUUUUACCAGCAGUGGACAGCAGCAAGCAGCAACAGUCCCUCCAGAGGUGGAUGUGUGGGAUUGAAUCAGGGCGAACUGGGCUGCCACUGUCAUAGAGAACAGCACAGAACUAAUACAAUAGCGAAACAUGGCUACUGAGACGAUAUCAGCCUGCACCGGAUCCAACUUACUCCAGCCAAUAAGCGAGAUAACCAACCUUCCGUUAGAUCAGGUGAACUUUGUAGUAUGUCAGCUCUGUGCCCUGCUCACGGCUGUGUGGUUCAGGCUCUAUCUGCACCCCAGCAAGACCAGUCCUUUUGUGCGGCAUGUGGUGGCCACACUGCUGGGCAUCUACUUUGCCCUCUUCUGCUUUGGCUGGUAUGCUCUUCAUUUCCUGCUUCAGAGUGGCAUUACUUAUGGCAUAAUGAUUCUGACCGGAGUCGAACACAUGCACAAAUACUGUUUGGUGGUCGCCCUGGGUUAUCUAAGCUUCUGCCAAAUCACCCGGGUUUACGUCUUUGAUUACGGAAUGUACUCUGCAGAUUUCACAGGACCGAUGAUGGUCAUCACACAAAAGAUAACCAGUGUGGCUUUUGAGAUCCAUGAUGGAAUGGCGAGGAAAGAAGAUCAACUAAACCAAAGUCAAAAACUGUUGGCCAUAAGACGGAUGCCCAGUUUAUUGGAAUACUUCAGUUAUAACUGUAAUUUCAUGGGGAUUUUGGCUGGUCCCACCUGCUCAUAUAACGAUUACAUUGCUUUCAUUGAGGGCACCCCCUAUCGCCACAGAGACCUUGAGACCAAAGGAAAAGUCAAUGGGAAGAGCAGACUAAACGACCCUUCACCAAAUACAGAGGUCAUCCGUAAACUGGCCACCUGCUUCAUCUCUCUGCUGGUCUUCCUCUCCGUCUGCAAAGUCUGUCCUGUGGAGCGUAACGUUGAUGAUGAUUUUAUUGCCACCACGCCCUUCUAUGCUCAGGUGGUCUACCUGUAUUUGUCCAUGCUGACCACCCGGCCUAAAUACUACUUUGUUUGGACUCUGGCUGAUGCCAUCAAUAACGCAGCAGGAUUUGGAUUUAAUGGGUACGACAGUAAUGGUUUGCCUCGAUGGGAUCUUAUUUCCAACCUUAGGAUCAUGAAUAUCGAGCUUGCCACCAGCUUUAAGGUAUUCCUGGAUAACUGGAACAUCCAAACAGCACAUUGGCUUAAAAGGGUGUGUUAUGAACGUUGUCCCUACAACCCCACUGCUGCAACCUUCCUGCUGUCAGCUAUGUGGCAUGGGGCUUACCCAGGCUACUACCUCACCUUCCUCACUGGCAUCGUCAUCACUCUUGCAGCCAGAGCUGUGAGGCAUAAUGUAAGACCGUACUUCUUGGGUUCCCCAGCCCUCAAGUUUGUGUAUGAUGUCAUCACAUGGGCAGCCACACAAAUUGCCAUUUGCUACACAGUGGUUCCUUUUGUUCUGCUUUCUGUGGGCCCCUCGCUCAAGUUCUACAGGUCAUGGUACUUCUGCAUCCACAUAGGCUGUAUACUGCUGGCCAUCGCGUUGCCAGUGAAACCACGCCACCUGCGGCUGAAAGAGCAACAGCCUGCCGUACAACCGAGCCUGGAGAGCACAGACAGCAACAGGAACCAGAAACAAAAAACAACAUGAGUCCUGGAACACCUUACCCAUCUUCUAUACACACACAGACUGGGCAAAUGUACCUAUUCUCCAGCCACACAUGAAGAGAGUCAGAUAAACUAAAGCUCACAAAUAAACCAACCAACCAGCCUCUGUCUGGACUGAUAGAGUAAGUCAUCUCUUGGCUCAGUAUAGUGGUACUGGGAUUAGACAAUGAUUUGAGAGGAUGGAAUCAAAUCUGACUGGUAUAAGAAGAGUUUUAUUGCCAAGUGAACACUGUUGUAUAAAUUAUGUGACCUUGCCUUUGUAAUUCAACUUGUCACAGCAAGUAUUAGUGUCCUAAUCUGGUGGUCUUGUAUUGGGCUGUAAAUAUGGUUUUCUUGCAAGGGACAAGGCCAAUAGCACUUGCAGAAAGCUGGCAAUAUUAUAUUUGAAACAAAGAGCUUUCAUGCGGUAGGGGUCAAAUAAAUAUGACGAACUAAACUAACAGGAAUAAUAAUAAUGAAACUAUAGGAAAAAGAAGGUUCUUUUUGAAAUCAGAAAGACUGAAUUAAGAUUUGAUUUCAUUGAAAACUGGGCUCUCGGCCCUUUGUCAUGUUAUGUUUGUUAUGGUCUGUCGUAGCGUCUCGUCCAUGUAGUCUUCACAUAAAACUCUGAAAGUUACACAUAAUACAUUCCAAUCUAAAGACCAGAGAUUCUUUUGUCACAAACGAAAGCAUUUCUUAGACUAAUCCAAUCUAAAAUGGGAAUUUUGGAAAGUAGUGGAAUGGUAAAGUAACGUCCAGCAAAAAAAAAAAAAAAAAAAAAAAAUGGAUAGUACUGUUAACUGCAUGACUUUCGCGAGUCAGGCGGGUGGUGAUUCUGUAUGCACAGUAAUGCACAUUUUGUAUGGCCUCAGUCAGCUUCAAGGUCUGGCCUGCUGAACGUUGGAAAUGAAGCUGAAGUUUGUGUUAAAGAUAUAUGAAAUUGUAGAGGAUGUCCACUGGAUUUGUUUGAAACAUUACGUUCUCUGUGUGGAUCUGGAACAUUUGUUUUUUGCAAAUUAUGUGAUUAAAAAGGUCUUUUUACUA